CACAAGGGGUGUGAAGCCGCGGCGCAUGCGCCUCGCAGGAAUCCACGGGCGUCGAGCUUCACACCGCAGCGAUUGCAGAUUUUACGUGUCAUAUCGGAGGCAGCGCGACUCGCACGGUGGGGAUGGCGGUCCGGUGCGCUUGAAACGGGAAUGGAGAGCCUGUCUGCGGAGGAGAUCUGAUGCCACCCCGACUCACUUCUGCGUCUCCCAAGUUGAGGUAAAGCAGCCCGGGCUGCAGACGCGACCUGCCGCUCGUCCCUUCACGUAAACCCCGCUCCUUCACUGCAGGGUCUCCCCCGGAAGGCUCCGCAGUCCAGAGGGGACCACAAUGACAACCUGGUGAAUGUUGUCGGAUGGAGUAAAAACGAAGCAUCCAGCACGCCGCAGGAUGCGCAUCCCCAGCCCGACGAGGAAGAAGAAGAAGGCAGAGCAACCUGGCCGCUUCCCCGCAGCCGCGCGUCACAGAUUCUCCUCGGUGCCGUGGAUUGAUCGCUCCCUUCGUCCUCCUCCCGUAUAAUGGAGAGCUCCAAUGGCUCUGACUCCAAACCGCACGUCCAACAGCUGGAGAAGAAGAGGCUGAACCGAGCGCCCUCCCCGGCCAGACCGUUCCUCAAGGAUGUGCACUCCCGCUCCAACAAGCCACCUGCCAUCGGACCCAAAUCCCCGAAACUCGGCAAGCAGCAGCAGUCCGCCUCGGCGUCCUUAGCCCAUCCGAACCGAACCUCCAGGCGCAACGCAGCCGGGGCCAAAGAGAAACCGGCCACGCCAAAAAGUAGCAUCAGGUCCCCCGCGGCGAAAAAGCCCACGAAGGCGCCGCAGCCUGCGGCGGCAGCAGCUGAGCCCAGAGCCGCCAGCGCCAAGCCGGACGCCGCCAGCAGUCCGGUCCUCCCCAAAGGCAAGAAGGGCAAACUGGCCGCGGGAUCUCCGGGGCCUCUCAGCCAUGGUUCCCCGAUCAGGGUCCCCACCGGGGCGCUGCUGGGCCGGGUCAGCCAGACGGACAGCAGCUCGGACCUGUCCGACUGCGCGUCGGAGCCGCUGUCCGACGAGCACAAGCUGGCGCGGGCCGCCGCCAGCGACGCCGAGUCCGGCACCGGCUCCAGCGACCGGGAUCAGCCGGUGGGCGACAAUCCUGGUGCGCGGAGGGAAGCAACACCAGCAGCAGCAGCAACACAAGCAGUUGCUUCUCCGGCGCCCCCGGCUCUGCCCGCUCCGGGCCCGCAGGGAGAGAAGCCCUCCACCAGCAGCGCACAGUCCAAAGCGGCCGGAGCCAAGGCUGGAGCCCAGGAUGAGCUGCUGCGGGAAAUAGACGAGCUGAGAUCCGAAAACGACUACCUCAAGGAUGAAGUGGAGGAGCUGCGAGCCGAGAUGGAGGAGGUGCGGGACAGCUACCUGGAGGAGGAGGUCUACCAGGUGCAGGAGCUGCGCCGGGAGCUGGACCGAGCCAACAAGAACUGCCGCAUCCUGCAGUACCGGCUGAGGAAAGCCGAGCAGAAGAGCCUGCGGGUCGCCCAGACGGGCCACGUGGACGGAGAGCUGCUGCGCAGUCUGGAGCAGGACCUGAAGGUUGCAAAGGACGUUUCGGUGCGGCUGCACAACGAGCUGGAGAGCACGGAGGACAAGCGCACCCGAGCGGAGGACGAGAACGAGACGCUCCGGCAGAGGAUCAUCGAGGUGGAGAUCUCCAAACAGGCGCUGCACAAUGAGCUGGAGAGGAUCAAGGAGACUGCACUGAGGCGACGGGGAAGCAGGGAAGCUUUUAAGGACAAGAAAUCCUCGGGUCAGGAGGACAGUGCAGACCUCCGCUGCCAGCUGCAGUUUGCCAAAGAGGAGUCCAGCCUCAUGAGGAAGAAGAUGGCAAAGCUGGGUCGCGAGAAGGAUGAACUUGAGCAGGAGUUGCAGAAGUACAAAUCUGUUUACGGCGACAUUGAUAGCCCCCUUCCCCUGACCGAGAGCUCUGGCGGGGGCCCUCAUACCACACGAGAGGCCGAACUCCGACUGCGCCUGAAGCUGGUUGAGGAAGAAGCCAACAUUCUAGGAAGGAAGAUCGUGGAGCUGGAGGUGGAGAACCGCAGCCUGCGAGCAGAGAACGAAGACAUUCGCAGUCAGUACGAAAGAGACUGUUUUGGGCGGGAACCUUUCUCCAGCAUGCCGUCGUCUCCCUACGGCGGCGACCCGUUGGAGUCUGCAGGGGAGCUGCGUCGACAUCUCCAGUUUGUUGAAGAAGAAGCUGAACUGCUGCGACGAUCCAUCUCAGAGAUUGAGGACCACAACAGGCAGCUGACAUCUGAACUCAAUCAAUUCAAAUUUGGUCCCAGCAGCAGCAGCAGCAGCUCCAGACUUGCCGGUGAGGAAGGCGGUGAGGGGGGGUUGUUUAAACCUGGGAAUGAGGGGUGCGGUAAUGGCUCCAGUAGUGGGAUGAUGAUCGAGGAGCUCAAAUCCGCCCGGAUGCAGAUCAACGAGCUGAGCGGAAAGGUGAUGAAGCUGCAGUACGAAAACCGCGUUCUCUUGUCCAACGUCCAGCGCUGUGACCUGGCUGCGCACCUCGGCCUUCGCACCGGCAGCCCUCGAGACAGCGACGCCGAGAGCGACGCAGGCCGGCGAGACGCUGCCGAAGAGGAGGAAACGGGGCGACUUCUUCUCCUGCAGCCUAAGAGGGAGGGUCCAGUUGGGGGAGAGAGUGACUCUGAAGACCUGUUUGAGAAAACAGGCACCACCUCAGGGUUAGGAAGCAUUAAACCCUCGGAUGGCAGCGAGAUAAGCGCCGUUGAGCUCGCCAAUCGCAGAAGGGAGGAGAGGGAGUCAUUCGCCAACGUGAAACGAGAGGCCGACAGGCUCGGGAAGACCGUAGACCGUCUGAUCACGGACACAGACAGCCUGAUCUUUGAAGGUAGGCUGCUGGUGACCACGGGGGAGAGCCUCGAAGCUGGGGCGGUGUCCGGAUCCAAACCAGACACCCAAGUAUUGGACGCCAUCAACACUCGCAUGAAGGCUUUCCGUACAGAACUCCACAUCUUCAUGGAGAAGCUGGACCACGUAGGGGACGGGCUGAGAGAAAGGACAGACGAUCUGUCUCCGAUGCCGAACCUCACGGAGUCCAGCAGCUUUUUGUCCACGGUUACCUCCAUGUCCCGUGACUCCCCCAUCGGCACCUUUGGGAGAGACCUGGUCACGGACUUCCAGUCCGUUCAGAGGGAUGAGCUGGAGUGGCGUCUAGGACAGGAGCGAGGCGUGGAGCCCCAGAGCCAGGUUGGGGGCCCGGCCCAGAGCAGGGGAGCCACGGGACUCUCUAUGUACCACAGACCCCUGGCUUUAAGAAUAGAGCACCGGGACACAGCUGCUUCUGAAGCGCAGUUUCGUCUGGAUCACGAACGAAGGAUGAGAGCCGUGACAGAGGAGCGGGAGGCUGUCGGCACCCUGCCUCAGGAGGAGCAGCGUUUACGUCUGGAGGCACAACGUGAAGGUCUGGAGCUUCAGGGCCUCCAGAGCCACGAGGCGCCCUGGGCUCAGGAGCGAGCCCUGCUGCAACAAGAGGUUCGCCUAUUCAGACGCAACACCAUCAUCUUCUACAUGAAGCUCAGGGGGCUCCUUUUGCACUGGAGGCUCGGCUGCAAGGAAGACUCCGGAGAUGAGACGGCCGUGCCCGACUUGGAGAAACUGGAGGGUUUCCCAGAGCUGGGAGUGACGGUGGAGCAGGCUGAGGGGCAGCCGGAACGAGACGACAGGCUCUGUCUGCCACAAACUCCAGGGGACGCCCCUGAAACUGGGCCCGUCGGCCCUCUGCUGUCCCCUGAUCGACACCUGCAGCAUCAGAGACAGUUUGUGGAGAACAGGCGGGUGCUGCAGGCCUUGCGAGCGCUCCUGGAGGAGUUUCGAGAAGAGCUGCGGGAGGAGCAGACGAGGCGGUGCCAACUGCAGCAAGCGUACGCCAAUGACAAAGCCGCCUGGGAGGUCAAGUGGACAGAGAUGAAGUGCCAGGUCGCUCAGCUGGAGGAGGAGACUCGUGAUAAGGGUGAAGAACAGGAAGGCGAAGAGGAGCCGCCAGGAGGGGAGGCCGGGUGGGCCUUGAGGCAGGAGCGCGAGGAGCAUCGGCGCCUGCUGUCCCAGAGCCACAGCGAGUCUCUGGACCUCCGCUGGAAACUGCAGCACGGAGAGAAGAGGUGGAGCCGCGAGAGGGCGGAGCUCCAGGAGCGCUUCGACCGGGAGCGGCAGGAGUGGGACGGCAGCAUGAGGGAGCUCCGCAGGAAGAUGGAGAGGAUGCAGAGGGAACUGAGCAGCAGACGAGGCGAAGGAACCGACAUCAAAGAUGGCAGCUUAGCCCACAGAGGAGCGUUUUCACCUCAGGAAAGUCCGUGCAACGUGCCGCGGUCCCCUCGCGCUCCUCGGUCCCCCUGUUCGUCCACCCCGGUGCCUGCACCCCCCACGCGCUCCCACUCAGACUCUGAGGCUUUACUGGGAGAGCAGGGGGCUGCGAUGAGGCUCAAGGGCCCAACAGAGAACCUGUUCCUGGAUGCCCUGUCUCUGGACCCCCUGGGCGGCCUGGAGGUCCCUCCGCCCUGCCGACUGGAGAGUGAGAAGAGGUUCCCCUGCAUGAACGAGGCUCUUAAUGAGAUUUCAGAGAGUGAAGGUGCUUCUGGAUACCCAGAAGAGGAGAUGAGGGAAGGCGGAAGUCUCCUGAGAGCCAAGUCCGUGUGCUCCAUGAGCGACUUCCAGCGGUUGAUGGACAGCUCGCCGUUCCUCCCCGACAAGACGCGCCCCGGCGGCCCCGACCGAGACGACGUCACCCCGCCGCUCUCUCCGGACGACCUCAAGUACAUCGAGGAGUUCAGCCACAAGGGCUGGGGCUUCCCGGCCCCGCGUUCAAUGUGGACCGGCAGACCCGGUGAGAUCCUGGAGGGCGAGGCCGGUCCCGAGCCGUUUCAGCCGGCCUCCUGGUUCCUGACCACCAGCGCCACCCUGACCACCAGCACCCUGAGCAGCCCCGACCACUGCCACAGGUCCCCGCUCAGGGGCGACGGAGCCGCGGUCGGAGUGGAGCACUACGGGGUCCCCAUCCUCCACAGUCCGACCAGAGCUGGGGCCGCAGAGCUCACCACGCCGCAGGACCCGGAUCUGUUGUAUUCCAGGAGGGGCAAAACCCGGACCGGAGGAGAGGCCGGGAUCGGAGCGGUCGGAUCCGAUGAGGUGUUCAGCAGCCCGCGGUGGCCCUGUCUCCUGGAGGGUGGCGGGCUGAGGACUCCUCCCAGUCAGUCGCCCAUCUGCUCCACUGUGGGUUACGCCUCCUCGCUGGAGCUCCAGCUCCAGAAGAAUCUGAGCGACGACAUGAAGGAGGUGGCCAUCUCUGUGCGGAACGCCAUCCGCUCCCCGCCAGGGCUGGCGGUGCGCGACACCGCCUGUCAGACCAACGGCUUCACCACGCGGGGAACCCAGACCACCCAGACCAUCAGCGUGGGUCUACAGACAGACCUGCUGCGCAACCUGACCAGCAGCCCCCACCGCUGCCUCACGCCGAAGGGCGGCGGCACCCCCAUCUCCUCCCCGUCGCGCAGCACCAGGAAGGUCCAGUAUUCUCCGGUGUUCCAGAGCAAGUUUGAGCGACCCUGCUGCUCGCCCAAAUACGGCUCCCCCAAGCUGCAGCGCAAACCGUCCACGUCCAACAAGGGCGAGCUGCCUAACAACACCCGCGCCCCCACGCCCACCACCCCCCAGAAGGGCAACAGCGAGUCGGCGUGGGCCCGCUCCACCACCACCCGGGACAGCCCUGUCCACACCACCAUCAACGACGGCCUCUCCAGCCUCUUCAACAUCAUCGACCACACGCCGGUGGUCUUCGACUCCCUGCAGAAGUUCAACAAGUCGCCGAGCCGCUCCCGACCCACGCCGCCCCCCACCGCCGAACCGAGCCCCGCUCACGGAGCCCCCGCCACGGACGCCAGGAGCGCGCAGGAGUGCCUGCGGGCCGCCAGGGGCCGCUCGCCCAGCCCCGUGCAGCUGAUAGUGGAGACCCAGGGGGACAGGAACCCCGAGGUGGUCAGCAUCCGGCAGGACCUGUCCGCGCCGCCGGGCUACACGCUGGCGGAGAACGCAGCUCGCAUCCUCAACAAGAAGCUGCAGGAGCAGAACUUUAGAGAGGAGCGGAGGCUGCAGGGGGGAGGACAGGGCAGCCACGGCAGCAGGCAGGCCGAGUCGGACAGAGGACCGGCCGGAUGUAUGGAGGACCUGCCUCGCUCUCCCGUGGCUCCGCCCCUGGACUCCUGCUUCCUGAGGCCGGCCCGCCCGGCUAACCGCCGACCCCCCUCACGCUGGGCCGCCCACUCCCCCUCCUCUUCGCCCAAGUGGAGCGAGGGCACGAAGAGGAGGUUCACCUUCCCGCCGAUGGGACACAGGAAGCCCAUCCUGGAGGGGGAGGAACCGGCGUGAAGGCCGUCCUCUGCAUCCUUCAUUUAAGCCUGAAGAGACCCAGUACCUCAGUAACAUCCCCCCCAGAACUAGAGACCUUUAAAACCGAGAGCCUGG